GAACUCACUAGUCCCACUUUGACAUUUGCAUUGGUUCAAAGAGAUGUCCAUCGUUUUCUUGGUUAAAAAAAAAAAAAAAGAAAAAACUUUUAGUGACAGAGAGGAACUGAGCAGUAACAGAGAGCCUUCUGCUGCUACCCAUACUUCAUAUAUGAUUGUGUGAUCGACAGCUUAAGCUUCGUUAGUCUUCAGGGAUAGAGGCCAUUAAUGGAGACUCAAAGCACUUCCCAUGAGCAGCUAGUUGUGUUGUUUGUGAUCUUCUUCUUCACCUUCAGUUCCACAUGGUGCUUCAUUGAAGUUGAAUCCCAUCCUCUGCCUGAAAAUCAUGCUGCUUUCUUCAUCUUUGGGGACUCUUUCUUGGAUGCUGGCAACAAUAAUUACAUUAACACCACAACUCUCGACCAAGCUAACUUCUGGCCCUACGGCCAAACCCACUUCCGAUACCCCACUGGAAGAUUUUCCGACGGUCGUUUGGUGUCUGACUUUAUAGCUGAAUUUGCCAAGCUGCCAUUGAUCCCACCUUUUCUUCAACCGGGGUUUCAUCAAUAUCAUAAUGGAGUGAACUUUGCUUCGGCUGGAGCAGGUGCUUUAUCCGAGACUUUUCAUGGGUCGGUGAUCGAGCUCAAAGCACAGAUUAAGUACUUUAAGGAGGUAGAGACUUGGCUAAAACGGAAGUUGUGGAAAGCAGAAGGUGGGCUGAUACUGUCAAAAGCUGUGUAUUUGUUCGGUAUCGGUACCAACGAUUACAUGAGCCUCUUCUUAACCAAUUCCCCUUUCCUCAAAUCCCAUUCCAUAUCUGAAUAUGUUGAGUUGGUGAUUGGUAACUUGACAACUUCCAUCAAACAAGUAUACGAUAGUGGGGGCAGGAAAUUCGGGUUCAUGAACUUGCCACCGAUGGGCUGCAGUCCAGGGCUGAGAGUAGCCGGAGGAGAUGCAGCUGGGAGGUGUUUGGAAGAGUUUGGGGCGUAUGCAAACCAACACAACCAGAGAUUAGUGAAGCUUCUUCAAGACUUGGAGAAGCAGCUCAAGGGAUUCAAAUAUUCACUCUACGACUUCAGCAGCAGCCUGAGACAGAGAAUGGAGAAUCCAUUGAAAUAUGGGUUGAAGGAAGGGAGAGAGGCAUGCUGCGGGACAGGGAGAUUUCGAGGAGUGUUCAGCUGCGGAGGAAGAAGAAGAGUGAAGGAGUUUGAAGCGUGUAGGAACCCAAAUGAGUAUGUCUUUUGGGAUUCUUACCAUCUCACUGAAAGCCUCCACAAAGAGCUUGCUCAUGAA